AUGUCUAUCAAUCCUGUUUCCGAUGUUAAGCCGUUUAAGACCAUGUGGAAGAUCAAGGUGAAGGUUAUCCGGUUGUGGAAACAAUACUCAGCCGCUGCUGGUGAAACCAUCGAAAUGGUUCUUUGCGAUGUUACGGGUGAUAAGAUUCAUGCAUCGGUGAAGAAGGAGUUGGUUGCUAGAUUCGAUCAUUUCCUAAAACAAGAAAAUUCGUUGAUGUUGAUCAAUUUUGCUGUCACUCAUUCUUUUGGUUCCUACAGAACCACUAACCAUGCAUACAGGAUUAGUUUCCUGUCAACCACCCGUGUACGACAAUAUGAGGAACUACCUGAGAAUUUGAAAGGGUUUGAGCCCGUGAAGUUCAAUGAAGUACUAGAUGGUACUGCAUCACCUGACUUCUUGGUUGAUAUAAUAGGCCAAAUCGUUGAAAUGAGUCAUAUUGAACAUGUUAACGUCAAUUGGAAAGACACGGAGAAGAUCUCUAUAGAGCUGCGAAAUUCUCAUGAUGAAAAACUUCCUGUCGUUUUGUGGGGUAAAUUCGCUUGUGAUGUUAAUGACGCGAUGCAAGUUCGAGAUAAACAUUGUACCAUUUUGGUUUUGCGAUUCGGGAAAAUCAAAGAGUGGAAAGAAGCAAUAAGUGUCAGCAAUGCCUACAAUGUUAGUGAAAUUGGAUUGAAUUUACCAUGGGCUGAAGUGGAAAAUUUCAGUGCAAGUUUGCCUAAGGAUGACCUUCCUUUAGCAAUUGUCGAGUCCAAGUAUGCAGCUACGGGAAAAGGUGUUUCGGAUAAAGAUGAUUUCUUUAUACAUACUCCAAGAAAAAACCAUUGCAGAAGUGAAGGAAACAAAACAGGUCAAUUGCCGAUCAAUGAUGAUGAUGGUAAUGACGACGAUGAUCUGAAUCACGUAUACUAUUGUGUCAAGUGUGAUAGUUACAAUCCGGUGAUUGUUCCAAGGUAUAAGUUGCAUUUGAUUGUGCUUGAUAGCACAAACAACACUAAGUUGAUGGUGUUCGAUAAUCUUGCUGUGCAACUCCUCAAUAUGCCAUGCUUAAAGAUAGUUGGUCCGUCAAACUUAAAAGAGAUCGAGGAAACCAAUGUGGUUCCUCCGGCUCUUAACACCAUCAUUGGUAAAACGUGCUUAUUCAAAAUUCAAAUUGAAAGGGAGAACUUUGUCUACAAACAUGAUACGUACAAGGUUCUGAAGAUGAUCACUAACACAAAUUUGAUUACGGAUUUUGAAGAAAGUACCUCUCCAGUUGUAAGCGAGGAAGGUUUACUUCAUGAUGUGGAUACUCAAUCAUCUGCACCUGAGACCUCAGUUGCUAAUCAAACAUCAGAUCAGUCGGAGUCUUUCUAUCUGACUCCUGCUAAACGAAUUAGGGCAGUGAACACUGAAUUGGAUGACCUUGCUCAAGACGAGAGUUCUGUUACAAGGAAUGCCGGUUCCGUGAACAUUAAGAAGGAAAAGUUUGCUAAAAGUGGCUGA